UAUUGAACGUAACUUGAACAAAUAGUUGGAUAACUCAAAGGUAUAAGGAAAAAUAAGCAUCGCAGAACAAUACAAGUGCUACAAAAUAAAAUACGAGAAGUACAGACAACGCAGCAGCGUCCAAAUUUUGUGUCAGGAUCAUACACAACGUGCCAGAUUCAUCAGGUUAUUUGCUUCCACAUUGUAAGAAUUGAAGCCAUGGUGUGAAUGCUGUUUGAGAGAGAUCUUUAAGCAGACCAAUGCAAGUACUAUAAAUACAUGUAAUUCACUAAUGACUAGUGCAAUAUCAUCACGUCCUACAAUACUUGCCUAUAGUUACAAUCUUGCACACUUCAGCAGAAUGGCUUUUAUACCAGAAAACAAACUAAUCUUUGCAGUGGUCUUACUUCUUGGGCUCUGGACUUCUCAUGUCUGGUCACGCUCUUUGUAUGAGGCUUCCAUGAUGGAGAGACAUGAAACAUGGAUGGCUCAGUAUGGACGAGCAUAUAAAGACCGUGUAGAGAAGGAGAGGCGCUUAAACACAUUCAAGAACAACGUGGAGUUCAUCGAGUCUUUCAACAAGGAUGGGAAAAAGCCUUACAAGCUAAGUGUCAACGAAUUUGCAGAUCUUAUGAACGAGGAAUUCCGGGCCUCGCGCAAUGGAUACAAGAUGCCCGCUCAUUUGAGCUCAUCUAGCACCAACCCUUUCAGGUAUGAAAAUAUAAGUGCAGUUCCGUCUACCAUGGACUGGAGAAAGAAAGGAGCUGUUACCCCUAUCAAGGACCAAGGUCAAUGCGGUUGCUGCUGGGCAUUUUCUGCUGUGGCUGCAACGGAAGGGAUUACCCAGCUCUCAACUGGAAAGUUAAUUUCUCUUUCCGAGCAAGAACUGGUUGAUUGUGAUACAAGUGGUGAAGACCAGGGUUGUAACGGUGGUUUUAUGGAUGACGCCUUUGAAUUCAUCAUUCAGAACAAAGGCCUUACGACUGAAGCCAAUUACCCCUACCAGGGAGCUGAUGGAACUUGCAACUCUGGGAAGGCAGCUGCAAAGAUCACUGGUUAUGAAGACGUGCCUGCCAACAGCGAGGCAGCGCUGUUGAAGGCAGUAGCCAAUCAGCCAGUCUCAGUUGCUAUUGAUGCUGGUGGAUCUGCCUUCCAAUUCUACUCGAGUGGUGUGUUUACCGGAGAUUGUGGGACUGAUUUAGAUCAUGGUGUGACUGCUGUUGGGUAUGGUAUGAGUGAUGAUGGUACCAAGUACUGGUUAGUCAAGAAUUCCUGGGGAACUAGCUGGGGAGAGAAUGGAUACAUAAGAAUGGAAAGAGAUAUUGAUGCCAAGGAAGGUCUUUGUGGAAUUGCAAUGGAAGCUUCGUACCCUACAGCGUAAUGGCAACAAAUGAUGGUUAUCCUUCAUUUAGAGUUCCCAGCAGUAUAUUUCCAAUUUUUUUUUGUUGAAUGUACGUGCAGUGUUCUCUUUGUUAAUAUGUAAACUGCUGUGUUCCAUGUACGCUUAAGUCAAGGCUUUUGCUUUGUGAAUGAAAUUCAUAAUGAUUGCUUGUUUGUAAUUUACUCUUCAAGCUAAAGAGUAGCAUGAAAUCUAUACAAAAAUAUGUUGCUUGGUUGUCUUACCUUUUCAUUUAGAGAGGGUACACUCCCCAUUCUGUUCUUGUUCAAAUUCAAGAUUUGGCCCUAAUCUGUUCCGUCACUAAAGCAAAGACCCAAGUGAUAAUCUAUCUUUUAGUUAGAAAUAGCUAUUUCCGUUCAUUUUAAUCACAAAUGAUAAUCUAGAAACAUGAUAUUGUGUCAUAGAAACACAUGAUUUGGAGGAAGAAAAA